AUGGCUCGCCUCUGGCUGCUGGUGGUCCUGAAUUGGAGUUUUCUGGUUUUGGGACAGCAGCAAGGAGAUGAAAAAACGCGUUUUGAAGAGAUGCAACCUGAAAUUACGAAAUUUGGCGAAGACUAUGGUAGCAGGACUGAAUAUGACGACGAUGAAGAAGCUUUUCCUGAUCCUGAGGCAAUGGAAACAUCGGACCCCGAUUCUGGAAAAGGGGCUGUGGUGACAUACGAUGGAGUGGAGGGGGAGCCUGUUGAGGUCUCUCUGAGUGGAUGGACGAGCUCCAUCGACCCAAGUCAAAGUGGACUGCAAGUAUCGUGUGAUGACAAAGGCUUUAGGAUCAUUCUCCCGGCUGGUCAGCUCAAUGACGUCCAAGUUUUUGGCUCUCAAAACCAUCAAUCCAACUCUCAAUGUGGUCUCAACGUGACCCACCUUGAGAACACCUUGACUGUACCUUUCACUGGAUGCUACGAGGAGGAUACCGACAGAUACAGCCUGCAGCUGCUCUACAAGGAUGAUUUCGAUGAGGACCGAGUCGCCACGGUGACUUGCCAUCAGAAUCUGGAGUCCACACCUGGGCCGCUACCUCGCGCCGGUGCCCCAGCAUCUAAGUGCCGCACGCCGCCACCGCCGCAAACUCCACCAAAAGCACUUCAUUGUGCCAUGGACCCUCGAGAGCAGAUUCAAUGUGGCUAUGAGGGUAUUUCGCCCCCUGAUUGUAAAUUAGACGGAUGCUGUGUGGAUCCUACGUCACAUAAAUGCUUCUAUCCAAUGAAUGAAUGCACGGUGGAUCGCCAUUUCGUUUUUAUCAUUCGCUCCACAUAUGCGUCAACAACUCUCGACCCCACCGAAUUGGUGAUUCCCGGAACGGACUGCAAACCAGUUGUAGUCAAUGCUGACUUUGCCAUCUUUAAGUUCAAAGUAACCGAAUGUGGCACGCGUACUUAUGACAUUGGCAUGACAAGGUUCUACCUGGCAGAAGUUCAGACUCUAGUUCGAGCCCUCAACCUCAAGUAUGGUAUCAUCACGAGAACGGAUCCAUUAAGGUUCUUAGUGGAGUGUCGCUACAGUUUGGCUGCUCACGACCAUCAACCAUUUGCCAGCGUCGGUUACAUGGUGAAGAUCCCGAGUCGCGACCUGCCCUCGUCAAUACCUUCAGAUGGUUUAUACGGCGUUGAAUUGAGAAUUGCUACAGAUAAGACCUUCUCUACUUUCCUGCCUUCUGUCCCAACUUUGCGUUACAUUCUGGGCAAACCUGUGUAUUUGGAACUCCGACUGUUGUCUCCCAAACCCAAUGCAAUCCUUCUGGUCAAGUAUUGUCUGGCGUACCCUCGCUCAGCUAAGAACGCCUUGGUCUUGGUUUAUGAAGGGUGUGCCAACCCUAAUGACCCAAAUGUAUCCAUCCUGCAAAUGACAGACUUGCCCCAAAAUCGCCAUCAGAGGCAUUUUGAGGUCAAGGCAUUUCAGUUUAUGGAUGUUAAGACUAAGCUUUACCUCAAUGAACAAAUACAAUUCAUGUGCUCUGCAGAGGUUUGCAGGUCGGAUGAAAAGAUUUGUGAAGAGCGCUGCUUUGAUGGAAAAGUACAGUGA